AAGGAGCACUCUCUGGUUUACAGAGUCGGAGAUCAGAAGCGCACGUGAAGUUUUGGCGGCAGCGAUAUACAGCUGCUCUUCCCCGCCUCAGAAGCCCGAAGGGAGCAGAGCCCCCCCUUCUCCCCCCCCGCCUGAAACCAGGAAAGAGGCGGGGCGACUGGGUGCGGGAGGGUCCGCCGUGACCGAAGGCGGCGGCCUCGGAGGGAAUUUCCCCCGUUGGGGCUGCGCUGAAGCCGGAGACGGAAUGGAGUUCCGGGGGUUUCCCCUUCAGGCGGGGAGCGGCCUCCCCGAGGAACCCCACAGCCCCGAGGCUGAGCGCUGGCGCUUCCGCAGCUGCGUCUCCCGGGAGGCGGAGGGGCCCCGGGCGCUUUGCAGCCGCCUGUACGGGCUGUGCCGGGGGUGGCUGCGGCCCGAGCGGAGCAGCAAAGCCGAGAUGCUGGACCUGGUGGUGCUGGAGCAGCUGCUGGCCCUGCUGCCCCCGGAGCUGGCGGGCUGGCUGAGGGAGUGCGGGGCGGAGAGCUGCGCCCAGGCGGUGGCCCUGGCCGAAGGCUGCCUCCUCGGCCCCGCAGCCGCCCCGGAAAAGCUGGCAAAGGGCCGGCAGUUGCAGGAGCCAUAUGUGGGGGAAAUGUCAGCAGAGCACCAGGGACAAGAUCAAUCAAGUUGUUCAGUAGAGCUUUUUUUCAGGAGGAUCCAACGGGGGACAGCUUGCCAGAGCUAUGUUCCCUUUGAGGAGGUGGCUGUGGAAUUCACAGAGGAGGAGUGGGCACUGCUGGAUUGUGGCCAGAAAGCCUUGUGCAGGGAAGUCAUGCUGGAUGUUUCUAGGAAUAUAGCUUCUCUAACAGAUGAUGGUGAUUGGAAUGGGCUAGAGAACAAGAAGGACAAGCAGCUGAGGUUAUUGAAAUGGCCAAGAGGAGUAUCUGCAGAGAGCCAUUCCUUCUCUUUUACAAUACCUAAAAUACGGAAUACAGAACAGAAACCACAACGGUCUAUAAAAUGUGAGAGGGAUUACAGACUAAGCAAAAAGAUGAAACUAUGCAUGAACUGUGGAAAGAGCUUCAGUAGCAAGAGUAUUCUUAAUUGCCCUCAGAGGAGCCACAUAGAUGAGAGGCUAUAUAAAUGUCCAGAAUGUGAAAAAUGCUUUUGUCAGAAAACAGAGAUGAUUUGUCCACAAAAGAUCCACACAGGGCACAGACCAUAUAAUUGCCUGGAAUGUGGGAAGAGCUUUUUUGAGAACAGUGAUCUUACUCGACAUCAAAGGAUCCACACAGCGGACAAACCCUAUAAAUGCCUGGAGUGUGGAAAGAGCUUCACUCAGAAAGGAAAACUUAAUUCUCAUAAAAAGAUCCACACUCAGGAGAGACCAUAUAAAUGUAUGGAGUGUGGAAAGAUGUUUAUUGACAGCUGGCACCUUACUCUCCACCAAAGGAUGCACACGGGGGAAAGACCAUAUAAAUGCUUGGAGUGUGGGAAAAGUUUUAACUGGAGCAAUAAUCUUAUUCGUCAUGAAAGGAUCCACACUGGGGAGAAACCAUAUAAAUGCUUGAGGUGUGGAAAAAGUUUUGCUCAAACAGUACAUCUUAAUACUCAUAAAAGGAUCCACACGGGGGAGAGACCAUAUAAAUGUUUAGAAUGUGGGAAAAGGUUUAGUUGUAGCAGAAGUUUAAUACAUCAUGAAAGGAUCCACACUGGGGAGAAACCAUACAAGUGCAUGGAGUGUGGAAAAAACUUUACUCAAGCAGCACAUCUUAAUUCUCAUAAAAGGAUCCACACUGGGGAGAGACCAUAUAAGUGCACAGUGUGUGGAAAAAGCUUUGCUCAAACAGCUCAUCUUAAUUCUCAUAAAAGGAUCCACACAGGGGAGAGACCAUAUAAAUGUUUAGAAUGUGGGAAAAUGUUUAAUUGUAGCAGAGUUCUAAUACAUCAUGAAAGGAUCCACACUGGUGAGAAACCGUACACAUGCGUGGAGUGUGGAAAAAGCUUUGCUCAAGCAGCACAUCUUAAUUCUCAUAAAAGGAUCCACACUGGGGAGAGACCAUAUAAAUGCAUGGAGUGUGGAAAAAGCUUUGCUCAAGCAGCACAUCUUAAUUCUCAUAAAAGGAUUCACACAGAGGAAAAACCAUAUAAAUGCUUGGCGUGUGGAAAGAGUUUCGCUUGGAAAGUAUGUCUUACCCGGCACCAAAGGUCUCACACUGGAGAAACCAUAUAAAUGCACUGAGUGUGGAAAGAGCUCUGCUCGGUUAGAAAAUAAGAAUUAUUCCUGUAAAGAAAGUGGAGCCAUAUUUAUCCUUUAUGUAACCUAAGACACCAGCUUUUAGACAUUAGAUAUGGAGUUGUGUAAGAAAGGACUUUUGAGGGAAAAGGAGUUAUAAAUUGAUUAGUACAUUCCAUGUCAAGUCAGGCUAACAUUUGACUUGACUAACUUCCUGAUAACAGGAAAGGAGCUGUCAUGCUAAAAUAGAUGUUAUGACCAAGAUGGGGCAAUUAUCAGGGGAAUGUACUUGUCCACGAAAAACAGCUGUUAUGUAGCCAAAACUUAUGUAAGAAAAUAUGGGGCGUUAAAAGGGGAGGAGGUUUUUACUCUGAAACUGUAUUUACAUUUGUAAUCUUAUGUAUUCUUUGCUCUUGUUGCUCUACACGAGUACAAGGGGGGCACUUUUGCAAAAGUUAAAGUUUUUUUUUAUUGUUCAUGGGAGUCUUCUGAUGUUUAAACGGAGAAGUUUAAAUGGCUGUUAUGUAGCCAAAACGUAUGACCCUCUUUUUUUUUUUACAGAAUAUAUCUAUCUAUGCUUCAUA